GACAUAAACGCCCUGAUUGAUGGAGACGCACAUCCGCUGACCGAUGCAGAGCUGGCAGAAAUGACAAAGCCACAAAGCGACGAUGAAAGAGAAGAGGGAGAAGAGGACACGAGAGAUGAGGAGGAAGGACUAACGCUUGGUCGCUUAGCAACCAUGGUGCGAAUGGCCACUGAACUUAAGCGAGUAGCUGAGGAAUGGGACCCUUUGAUGAGCCGUUCAUUACAGUUCUCCAACGUAAUCGAUGGUGGCAUGUCGGUGUACAAGGAUCUUUUUGCAAAGAAGAAAAAAGAGCGACAACAGCUGCCUAUCACUAUGUUCUUCUCCCGAACAAACACACCUGCACCGCGGGCUUCAGAAGAAGAGAACACUGCAGAGCGCAGUCAGGAUGCAGCGGCCCAGUCUGAAGAGCAGUGAAACGGCCUACACCUCAUAACAGGACGGCUGAUUGACAGACGUCAGUAUCCUCACCUCCUUUGCAUUAAAGUUGGUCUUCAUCUUCAUCAUCUACAUCAUCUCAUUGCCUUCACCAUGAAGACUGUGACUGCCCUUCUUUGUGCCGUGAUGGCUCUGACUAUAGCUGCUGCUCUCGCAGAGGAACAGCCUGGACAAGAACCAACAGAGCGUCACCUGGUCAAGAGGUCCACGUAUUGUUGCUACGGUUGGACCCCGAUCAACGGCCGCUGUUUCCGUUACAAUCCAAAGCCGAUGUCCUGGACGGCAGCCGAGAAAAGCUGCCAGGCCAAAGGGGGGAACCUCGCAUCCGUUCACAACAUCCGUGAGUACCGUGUCAUUCAGUACCUGAUCAUGAAGGGCAGUCACCAGAACAAACCCACCUGGAUCGGAGGCUCUGAUGCACAGGAGGAGAAGAAAUGGCUGUGGACCGAUGGCUCUGAGUUCGACUACAUCCUCUGGUCCGCUGGAGAGCCCAACAACGGCAGAGGCAGGCAGCAUUGUUUACGUAUGAACCACGGAGGUGAUCGGGCCUGGGAUGACGUGGAGUGUAGGGUUAAGGCACCGUCUAUCUGUGCCAAGAAAACCUGAUCCCUGGACUGACAGCGAGGCCUUGAGUAACCCUUGAUUAGGAAAAAGGGGGUGCAAGCGUUCUAAUACAUGUGAUUGUAUUUAUAUCUAUUCUUUUCUUCUCUAUCGCUGUAACGCUACUUAAGGAACGAUACGACACGUGACACAAGCUGGAUGGUGUUUGAGCCUCAACAAGAGUGGUUUUUGGAAAGAAUGCUUAUAGCACAACCUCACGUAUAUUCUACAUUUCUUUUUGCAUUAAUAAAAAGCUCAAGCAUUGAAGCUGGUCUGUCAUUAAUCUAUACACAUCUUUACGCAUUGCACCUCAAACACUUCUACCUAUAAUGGUGAAUCAUGUUUCCUAUGUGAUAUGUAAUAAAUGCUGGAUCAUUCUCAUCACGCAUAUAAAGCAUCGUUUUUAACACCAUCAUUUUAGCGACUACAAAGAGUUGUGGUUUUGCAACAGGAAGUGACCAUAUUAGGACGGAGGUGGAGGGACUUACAUACUCCUUAUAUGACACUCGAUAACACCUGUCAAUCAGCGUGUAGCCCCGCCCUUAAGCCUCCCCUGCCUUAUGGCCUGUUUGAGUCUACAUGGACCAUCUCAUCUCAUGACAUUUUCUUAUCUGAUGGUAUU